UUCAGGGCCCACAAUACUGCGCUCUCAUUCUCUCUCCUGUCGGAGGCCAUUCCCAGGUCGGCCCCACUCCAAAGAUUCCAAACCCCAAAGAAUUCAAACGGGGAAAACAACCAUUCCAUUGCUCUUCUGUCGAUCAGAUGGCGACGACAACGGAAUCAGAAGGUGAGGAAGAAGGGAAGCUGGUGGGGAACGAGCAUCUAUUGGUGGAGGAUGAUCUUAGGGAGAUGGGAAAGAAGGCAGUUUGGAGUGUAAGCUCUUGCAAGCCUGGCAAUGGUGUCCAUUCUCUCCGCGAUGAUAACCUUGACACCUACUGGCAAUCAGAUGGUGCCCAGCCUCACCUUAUCAACAUCCAGUUCCAGAAAAAAGUCAAGCUCCAGUUGCUUGUACUCUAUGUUGAUUUCAAACUCGAUGAGAGCUAUACCCCAAGCAAGAUUUCGAUUCGAGCCGGGGAUGGUUUCCACAACUUGAAGGAGAUAAAAACUGUGGAACUCGUGAAGCCAGUUGGGUGGGUUUAUAUAUCCUUAUCUGGAACUGAUCCUCGAGAAGCAUUUAUCAAUACAUUCAUGGUGCAACUUGCUGUGCUGUCCAACCACCUAAAUGGGAGAGAUACCCAUGUGCGCCAGAUCAAACUUUACGGACCCAGACCGUAUGAAUCCCAUUCCCCAUCAACCAUUUCAGUUUACUUCAAGGGAGUUCAUCACUUACUCUUCAGUUAGAUGAGACAUAUUAGUGUUUAGUUACCAGAAUCCCCAGAGUGAUUGGUGACCAAAAGUAGAAAUAAUUCACCUUCUUCAAAAGUUCCCAGAAAUCAUGUGAUUCCGAAGCAGCAGCAUUGAAGAUUCUGCUGUCUGUAUAUCAGAGGUAUUCUUGGUCAUUUGAUUGGUACUAUAAAGGAUCUUUCUUUUCCCUCAGUCAUACAAACUGUUGAUCUAUUGUAGCUGGUAAUGUUGUCUAUCUCCACAAAACUUUUGCAGGAACAGUUUUUUAAUAGCUGUUUACUUAUUAGCUCCGAAAAGUUGCUCUGUUUCUUCAUAUAGAAUGUAAUUUGGAUGUCUAAGUUUGACCUGGAACCUUUACACA